ACCUUCGAACCCAACUCCCCUCAUCACAUCCGCCCCACACCCCAGGACAUGACGUGCGGGAGGAAGGAAGACAAGAGGGACUGAGUUUACUUGGCUGCGAGAAAUAACCGCUACGGUUUGCUAAUCCCGGUAUUCGAUACAAACAAUAUCGCGCAAUCGCCUCGUCUCGGAGCCCUUCUUUUUCUUUUCUUUUCUUUUGGCCCACGUCGGCCGAAGCUUGUCUCCGCAUAACCAAGAUCACGUACGCAUACUACAGAGUACCUAGACAGGUUAUUUGGUUCUUGCACAUCGCAUCCAGUCGCGUUCCGCUCGACGCAAAUACACCCAAAACAAAACAAAAAGGAAGGAAGGACAGUUUACGAAACACUACAGUGGCCAUGUCCCCCACGACCCUCCACCAGGGCGCGACAAAGGGCUUCGCCGACGCCGCCACCUACGACGCCUACCGGCCCUCGUACCCGCCUGGGGCGACGCAGAGAUUCCUCUCGCAUCUGCGCCUCGCCGACGUCCCGCACGCCCGGGUCCUGGACCUCGCGGCGGGCACGGGUAAGAUGACCGAGGUGCUGGCGGCGCGGCAUGAGGGGUUCGAGGUCGUGGCUGUCGAGCCGCACGAGGGCAUGCGCGCCGAGCUCGAGAGGAAGGGGCUGUCCGGGGUCGAGGUGAAGGACGGGUUCGCGUCCAGGCUGCCGCUGGACGAGGAGUGGGGGGAUGGCGCCAUCGUUGCGCAGGCUUUUCACUGGUUUGCAACGCCAGAGUCACUGAAGGAGAUCCACCGCGUCCUGAAGCCGACCGCCGUGCUGGGCCUGAUCUGGAACAUUGAGGAUUACAAUAAGCCGCAGCACUGGGAGGCCAGCACAACGUGGGAGAAGGCCCUCAACGAGCUCGUUUUCAGCCUCGGCUCCGAUGGCCAGCCGCGGUUCCGCGACUUCGUCUGGAAGGACGUGUUUGACAGCCAGCUCGACUCGAACCCGCUGCGCGCCGUCAAGGACGUCGUACUCGAGGGCGGCCGCAAGAUGCCCCUGUUCUCGGUGCCCGUCGGCGAGGAGAAGGUGCCGUUCACGACGUGGCUGACACCCGAGGCCAUAUGGAACCGGCUGCGGACGCUGAGCCAAGUCGCAGUGCUCCAAGGAGAGGCCGCGGGCGCGUUCAAGGCGCGGUUCGACGCCAUUCUGGGUGGCGAGAGCGUGGAGAGGAACGAGAGGGGGGAGGUUGCGCUGCACGGGGUCACGUACUUUGCGUGGACUUCGAGGCUGUAGGCGAUGAGGGCAAGCCAGCGCGCCUGGCCUCGUUCUUAGUGGGUUCGUUUACCUUCCUUGGGCAGCAUGCGAGCAAGUGGUUGUGGAAUUGAGGGUAUAUAUUUGUUUUGGGUUGAUUUCAUAGAUCCUCUCUGCGAUGAAUUGCUUCUUGAU